AUGGCCAUCCAUCCCAGUCUGCGUCCUCAAUCAGACGUCCAGGGCAAUCUGUCCCCGCAGCAGACCAGAGCCAUUUCAGCCUGGACCGAGCAAGCGACGGCAUCUCUAGAGAAUCUGACGAUUACCGAAACCGUGCCCGCCGCGCAGAAUGCCGCCUGCGCGGAGUCAACGCCCGCCGGUGGCGCAUUGCGCGGCGCCACCGUGUCGUUGUCAAUUCCCCUAGAUGAUCCAAUUCCCACGGCAGAUCAUCAGUCUACCACAGGGGCCAGAUUCCUGGGUCGGCCCUCGAAUCAGACACAACAGGUUCCGACCGUCUCCUUUCGGCGCCGCGAGCCACUGCGCCGUGAUAGCCUGAAGAGACGCGAGGCAUUGCUCAAGGGAAAGGACGGAAGCCGUCGCAGGCAACGCUGGGAAAACGAUCGCCUUCUGCAUAACCCCUGGGCGGAACCGCCUUCUCCUAAGGACUGGGAUAUUCGGCCAACGUAUACUCGACACGACCCCAUGCCUUACUACUUGGCACCCCUUUGGGACGUUCACUAUUCGCAUAUGGAUCGUACAUCAUCCAAACAGACGACCAAGGGGACCAGAAGCGAGAUCUACCACAUUCCGAAAGAGCUUCGCUCGAAAUUGAAACACGCCCGCGCUGCGCGAGGAAUGCUUCAAGACCUUGAGGAAGACAUCAGACAGUUUAUUCAGCGAUGGAAUGAGAAGCAACGCUUGCUUCGCAAGGAGGGGCUGGCUGAUGCGCCUCAAGCGUCCGACGAGGACUCUGAGGACGAGGUGGUCUUCGUAGGGAGAAACGGCCAGAUGCAUGACUCGCCCGUGCACAAGCAGAAGCUGCAGCAGAUGCGUCGGGCCAUGAGUUCCCACAACGAGAGGGAUGGCGAGAAGAUGGUGUUUGAGAGCUCGGCUGAUGAUCGGGCUGCUGCUUUCGGUCGCUGGCUCGUCCAUUCGAUCGCCUCCUAUUAUGGGUUACACACAUGGUCUGUCACGGUGGGAGAACCUGCUCGCCGUGAGGCAUACGUCGGAUUCCAUCCCCCAACCGGUGGCAGUCGCGCAACCGGGCUUUUUGGAGGCCCCCUUGGCUCUGGAACAUGCCACCUUGAAACGAGAAGUCAAACCGAAGAUGAGCUUCCCCGACCGCUGUGGGCACAAGUAUAAACUAUGCGGGCCUCUUAGCGUGUCGAAAUCUCUCGCGGAACUAAUCGGAGUUUCUUUUUGGGCAAUCUCAGCUGUCUGAGACUCGGGCGCAAGGCGGAUCUUUUGUUCAUCUGUACAAUAGACGGAACAGGUUUUAACGGUGAUACAUUCGAAUCAUAGAGCAUUGGUUUGUUUCCCUCGCUUUUAGUUCAUGCGCCGAGUGAGCGUGUCUGCUGUGGUCCUGGCUUUGCUUUGUGUAGCGCAUGAAUGCCGUUUCACCGAACCCCCCCCCCAGUAAAGAGAGCAGCAUGUUUAGAAAGUCCGAAAUGAAGCUAAACAAGGCAAUCAGCCUCCGCAUAUAAACAUAUUGUGUUUCAGGGCCUCUAUGACAUCAGGUCCUCGUUCCUCGCGUCAUUCGUUGGGAAUUCAUGCGUUCUUAGAGGGC